GCUAAAGCCGCUAGCAUUGCGCUGGUGUACUUUUCGUUUCACAGGGAGGAGUCAGACAUUAGUUUCUUUAUCAAAGUGACAUGUUCGUACCGUUAUUACUAAUUCUACGACAUGUAUCGCACCGUGUGUCCAUAAUGUAGCCCGUCUGCGGUGUCGACAUAAAGCUAUCGAUCAGCGACCAGAUAUUUCUCGAUAAAAGGUCGAAGGAAACAGGAAGGCGGAACAAGAGUCAGAGACUCAGUCCAAAUAAAAACCACGACAAUCCAUAACCAAAACAACCCACACUGGCUGUUCACACAACCUUGUCUGCUUCCAUUUCAACGGUAAAUAAUUCACCUGAAGCGUUCGAACAGAUCGUCUGCCGCCACCACAUGCGACCAUGUCCAUGGCCCUGAAACAAGUCUUCAACAAAGAUAGGACAUUCCGGCCCAAGCGCAAGUUUGAGCCCGGGACGCAGCGCUUCGAGCUGCACAAGAAGGCCCAGGCGUCCCUGAACGCCGGCCUGGACCUGAAGCUGGCUGUGCAGCUGCCCCACGGCGAGGACCUCAACGAUUGGGUGGCCGUCCACGUGGUCGACUUCUUCAACCGCAUCAACCUCAUCUACGGCACCAUCAGUGACUCGUGCACCGAUCAAACCUGCCCGGUCAUGUCGGGCGGGCCCAAGUACGAAUACCGCUGGCAAGACGAGCACAAGUACAAGAAGCCGACCGCCCUGUCGGCUCCCAAAUACAUGAGCCUGCUCAUGGACUGGAUCGAGGUACAGAUCAACAACGAGAAUAUCUUCCCCACCAACGUCGGUACUCCCUUCCCUAAGACAUUCAUGCAGGUGGCUAAGAAGAUUUUGUCGCGUCUGUUCCGGGUGUUCGUCCACGUCUACAUCCACCACUUUGACCGCGUGAGCCAGAUGGGGGCAGAGGCUCACGUCAACACCUGCUACAAGCAUUUCUAUUACUUUGUCACCGAGUUCAACCUAACGGACCACAAAGAGCUGGAGCCCCUGAAAGAAAUGACCUCUCGGAUGUGCCACUGAGGGACCUGCGGACACGGCGAAUGGAUGCAUCCGUCCAUCUCGAAGACUGCUUUGGAGAACGGAAAACGAGCAAUCAAAUCCAGAGUCUAUUUUUAUAUUUAAGUACUGUAAUCUAUUUUAGCUGCAUACUGUAGGUUUAACCAGGAAUCCUGUUGCGCCAGGGCGUUCUGCUCCUUCUGAAAAGUUUUCAUUUUAUCAGAGCACAGUAUUAAGAGGUCUGUUUGUGUUAAUGUCUCUUUUUUUUUAAUCUGAAUCAUUCCAGGAUGCUUCCUCUUUUCUUUUCUGUUCCAAAUGAUCUAAAAUUAGUACGGUUUCUUUCUUUUCACCUGUAAAUCUCAGUAUGUUCUUACAUUAAAGUGAUUCUCAACUCUUUCUGAUGCUGAUGA